CCCUUCGCGAGUUUCUGCUCUCGUCCUAUAGUAAAUAGCAGCAGGAGAGGAGGAAAACGAGUCACGGAAAAGCGGCGGUGACGUCAUAUGUGUGCGACACUUAAGGAAGUGACUAACAGAACCCAACGUGGGAGGACCAGGGCGCUGGAUUGACAAUGGAUUACAUUUCACAUCCUGGGACUCUGACAUUGGCAGCGGGAAUAGCAUGUGGCGUCUUUCUAGGCUGGAGUCUGCGUGGCCGCUUUGGACGGUCCCGAAACCUCACCAGCAUUGCAGGAAAUGACUUGGGCAGUGAAGCAAGCGUUAUGGGAGAGAGUGGCGAGUUCAAGAUGGUGUUAGUAGUCCGUAACGAUUUGAAAAUGGGAAAAGGAAAAGUGGCGGCACAGUGUUCACAUGCUGCAGUAUCUGCCUACAAGCAGCUCCAAAAAAGAAACCCAGAAUUACUCAGGCAAUGGGAGUACUGCGGCCAGCCAAAAGUAGUGGUGAAGGCUCCAGAUGAGGGCGCUCUCGUUGAACUUCUCUCUCAGGCAAAACAACUGGGAUUAACCAUUAGUUUAAUUCAGGAUGCUGGUCGUACACAGAUUGCACCCGGAUCUCGAACAGUCCUAGGCGUGGGACCAGGUCCUGGCAACUUGAUUGAUCAAGUGACUGGGCAUUUAAAACUCUAUUGAUGUUACUAUACAUUCUUUGAUGAAUAUAGUGUCUGGCAGACCAGCUACGUACAGUAUUUACUUUGUUGAAUUUUACAUUAAAAAAAUCUCAGUUGAUUUGCUAUGGCAUAUAUGUUGUGGCCAUCUUCUUUCUCCCUCUCCGUGACCCUCUUUCUUUCUAGCAGUUGUUAUCUAAGUUUUGAGUAAGUAUUAGGGUGGCUUCACAUCACGUUUUUCCCAUCCGUUUAACAUAUGGAAAAAGCAUAUACAUUAAAACGGAGGCAUAAAACACGUUGUGAACCCACCUUUAGACAGCCGGCACCAGCUUUGUAUGAUCAUACAAGUCCUUGCGCAUAGUGCCCUACAUGUACGGCAUUAUGGGUUAAGGGGUUAAAAGGCUUGUACAAGAUUAAAAAAAACAAGGCUGUUUUUUCCCAGAAACGUAUGGCCACUCAUGGGUUCUCUUUGCUAUCGCAGCUCAACUCCAAUGAACUGAGUGGGACUAAGCUGGAAUACCACACACAACCUGUGGACAGAUGUGGCAUUGUUUCGGGGGGGGGGGAUCUUGUAAACCCCUUUAUCCUGAUAGCGACCAAGUGCUGUACAUGUAUGGUGGUUGGUGCUGGGCUUUAAUCCGGGGUGCCACAUGGUGCAGGAUUAAAGUUUCUGCUAGUGCAAUGAUGCAGAACAGGUCCCCAACUGUCAGUGACAGUCGGGAACCCUGGGGAUAAGACAGAAGUAGUGUAUUACUGCUUCUGCCUUCUCCCUACCAUAGUACAUAACACCUAUUCAGCACUAUGCAGUGGAUUGAGGAAACUCUGCAUGUGUACAGUGCUCCAACAGAGGGGGCCUUUUCCCCCUGUAACUGGGUCUCCUUUGGAAAAGUGCAAAAAAAAAAUUGUCAAUGUCCCAAGAGGUUUUUUAAUGACCUCUUGGGAGACAUAUUAUGUGCCAAGAAUAUAUUACAUAUUAAUG